AUGUCGUCGCUGCGCCAGAGUAGCCAUGAACUAGUUCCCGAGAAGCCUCAACGAGAAGGCUCUUUCUCUUACGGCUCAGGUUUAGACGACGAGAUUCGCGCCGCUGUGCCUACCCUGCGUGGGCGACGAUUGACUGCUGCCCUCGCCUUCGUGGCGGGUACGGGUUUCACGUUAUUUGGGUACGUGCAGUAUAUUAUGGCUCUGACACGUCCGUUACAGUUUGAGAAGGUCUUCCCCCAAGUUGUAGAAGAAGAUAACCAUCCCAAUCACGCUACACUGCAGAGCUUCAUCGUGGCCAUUUACGAAAUCGGCUGCCUGUUCGGUGCCUUGUCAAACUUAUGGCUUGGAGACAAGCUUGGUCGGCGGAAAACGAUCUUUCUUGGUGGAACCAUUAUGAUCAUCGGCGCGAUUUUGCAGGCGACAUCGUUCAGUUAUGCGCAGAUGAUUGUUGCCCGAAUUGUCACGGGCUUGGGCAAUGGUUUGAAUACCUCCACAGUCCCAUCCUACCAUGCGGAGUGCUCCCCUGCGGCGAAAAGAGGCAGUUUCAUCAUGAUAGAAGGUAGUCUUAUCACCUUCGGUAUCAUGAUUUCAUACUGGAUCGACUUCGCUUUCUACUGGUUGACAGGCUCGUCUGCACAAUGGAGAGUACCAAUCUCUCUGCAGAUCGUUCUGGCAUUAAUCAUGAUUGGGGGCAUUAUGAUGUUACCGGAGUCACCUCGUUGGCUUGCCAAGCACGGUCGCGACGUGGAAGCUUUGGCGGUUAUUUCUGCGCUGGAGGACAAGGAUUACACCAGCGAAUCGGUCCAGGUCAUGUAUCAUGGCAUUCGCGAAGCCAUCGCUGCCGAGUCUCGCAGCGGUCCAACAGAAAUGUCACCCAUCCGAGAGGUUUUCACCAACGGUCGCUCACAAAAUUUCCGACGGACGUCCUUGGGCGUCAUCAAUCAAUGUUUCCAACAGAUUACCGGCAUUAACCUUAUCACAUACUUUCAGACGAUCCUUUUCCAACGUCUCGGGCUAAAUGACGUGCAAUCCCGCAUCGUCGCCGCAGCCAACGGCACGGAAUAUUUCCUUGCUAGCCUCAUUGCCAUCGCACUAAUCGAUCGCGUGGGUCGAAGACCGCUCAUGUUAUUCGGCGCAAUUGGGCAGACCAUCACCAUGAUACUCCUCGCCGUGCUAGGCAGCAUCAGUACGUCAGGGUGUCAAGUAGCAUCUAUUGUGUUGCUGUUCGUGUUCAAUUCGUUCUUCGCCAUCGGUUGGCUAGGGAUGACUUGGCUAUACCCUGCUGAAAUCGUCGGCUUGCGGAUUCGAGCGCCUGCGAACGCCUUCAGCACGGCGUCAAAUUGGAUAUUCAACUUCGUUGUCGUCAUGAUCGUGGGCCCUUCAUUCAGCAACAUCAGCUGGCGGACGUAUAUUGUAUUCGCAUCCUUGAAUGCCUUCAUUAUACCAGUUGUGUACUUCUUUUUCCCUGAAACAACUGGUCGCUCUCUAGAAGAUAUGGAUGUCGUUUUUGCUGUGGCAUACAACGAGGGCAUCUCUCCGGUGAAGGUCUCACUCAGAAAGGACGUACCUCUGGCCGGCACUCCAGAAGCCGAUGAAAUCCUCGGGAUCCGCUCUCGAAAGAGCAGCGCUGAAAUCGUGGAAGAUGUCCGACAAAAGGACCAAUUGUAA